AUGAAUUUCCUGUUAUGGGCAAAAUUCGCCCCGUAUACAAGAAUCCUUUUAAGGAACAAGAUUACACAAAAAAAUCUGCUGUGGUGUACCCAAUGCGCACUCUAUUUAAACUCGGUACCAAUAGAUGAUAAUUACUCCGAUGGUGCACCCUCACCAGAGCAGUAUGUCAAUACCCACUUACCUCUUUUGGUGGAAGAAUCUCUUUUUGAAACAGAGGAGUAUACCUCAGAGUAUGAGUCUGAAUAUGAGUCGUCGGAUGAAUUUGAGCAAGAAGAACAGAACAGAGAGCAAGAACAGGAGUCUACAGAAAACCCUCCAGAGAAUAUUUGGCAUCGAGUAAUUGCGGUUUUCACUGUGAUAUUUAUUUCUAGCUUCAUUGUGGAUGAAGGCGCAGUAAUUUUGAUUACAUUCAUAAAUACAAUCCUCGAACAUUAUGGAGAGGAUUUCCGACUUCCCACAAGCAUUCCGGGUUUGAGGAAAAUGACAGGAUACAAUGACUUGACAAACAGCGUAUCAAAAUAUGUAGCAUGCAGUAAUUGUCACACAUUAUACGAUUACAGCAACAACACACAUACAUCCUGCAAUUUCAAAAGAGUUGGUAGUAAGACGCAUUGUAAGAAUGAUCUCUACAAGUCUAGUAUGAAGAACGCCAUGAUUCCAAAGUGCACAUUUGUUUAUAACUCGUUGACAACUACCUUGAAAAAAAUGUUUACACGUCCUUCUUUUGAGAUGCGUGCAACCAUUAUCGAUCCCAUGCACAACCUUUUUCUCGGGACUGCAAAACGAAUGAUGGAUAUUUGGAUUGCAAACAAUUUGCUUGAUGACAAAGAUUUUGUAGAGAUGCAGGAAGAGGCUAAUAGAAUGGUACUCCCUGUAGGGUAUACGACUCUGAAGAUAAAGAUUGGAAAGAAAUUUCCGUUUAUGAAGGCAGAUGAGUGGAAAUCAUGGUGCCUGAUAUACUCUCCUGUUCUGCUUAAGACACGCCUGCGAGAUGAUCUGCUUGGCAAUUGGAUCCAUUUUGUCGAUGCAUGCAGAGAAUUGACGAAGCCAAGUAUCACCAAAAAUGGGAUCAAAAAAGCUCACGAAAGUUUGGAGGAGUUCUGUGUUGGUUGUGAAGACUUUUAUAAACCAGAUGUAUUCACGCAAAACAUGCAUCUCCAUCUCCAUCUAAAAGAAACAAUUGAAGACUUUGGGCCAAUUUACGGAUUUUGGCUAUUUAGCUUUGAGCGCUAUAAUGGUGUAUUGAAAGGGUUUGAGACAAACCAGAAGAGUGGGUUCGAGAAUACCUACAUGAAAAGAUUUCUUGAGAGUUCUUACAAUGGUGACUUUUGUCAAGCGCAUCUCAGAAAUGUUACCAGCCCUUUACUCCUCUCUCUCUUUCUCAAGCUGUCUGGUCAUAAAAUCUAUAAUCCUGCACUUUCGCCACAUCCUUUGAUACCAUCAUUCUUUCACUUGCCAACGUUCCUACAAUCCGCUGAAAAGCCUUCAAAGCAAACAUUUGGCAACAAACCUCUACCUCUUUCCGCUCUACCAUUGUGUUUGAAGCCACCAACAACAAUGAGAAAAUCCGAGUAUGAUUGUCUGCUCGAUUUCUAUAAAAUUGAGUAUGACGAUGAUUCUCUUUGCAGUGCCAAGACAACAAUCAGGAAUUGUUGUGGAGACUCUGAGGAAAGAUAUGCUGGUCGUAUUAAGUACUUGUUCUUGCACGAUUUUACACCAAACCUCACGCACACCAACCUUUCCCCUUGUCACAACCCCCAACACGUAUUUGUCUUCGUUGAGUGGUACAAAAUUCCUCGCCAUCAACCUAGAAUCAAGCAGGGCAUCGAGUUGUAUGAGCCAGAAUUUCUGAAGUAUGACUACGACAACAUUCUGCCUGUCCACCGCAUCUUGUCGCCAAUUGCAAUUGGAAGUCAUGUGUCUGGUAGCGGUGCAGCAAAAGUCAUUGUUAUUCCUCUGCCAAGAAAGCUGUACGCUUAA